UCCAGCCGGGAGUGGUGAGUGCCGUGCCGGUGGGGUGUGAUGCAAUGGCACUGACAGGGGAGAGCUGAGUGGAGCUGAGCCGGGUCUGGCUGGACUCCGGCGGGAGUUUUCCUUGUUGUUGCUGCUCUUUGGAAUCUACAAGCCGAAGAAUCAGAAGAUACGAAGUUUAGUUGAAUUGUAAAUAAGCAGGUCUUUUGCAAUCUGACAAAAUGGCUGAUAGUCCGAACUGUGAUUUGAAAUCUCUCAGUCCGCUUCAGCUGUUCGAAAGAGUAACUGAACAAGGAGAGAAAGUCAGAGCACUGAAAGCAGGAAAAGCACCAAAGACAUACCUGGAGCAAGGUAGUCACUAGCAAAAGCAGUUUUUACUCCUGAAUUAAGAAAAGAAAGUCAUAGGCUUAGAAGUCUGCUUCAGCCAGUUGCCAUUCUGUGUGACAGGAUCCAAGGAUGAAAUUGAUGCAGCAGUGAGGAUGCUAUUGUCGUUAAAACUGUCAUAUAAAUCGGCAACAGGACAAGAUUAUCAGGCAGGCUUGCCCCCAAGAGAUCUUGUAUUAAUAAACAACGGAACAACUAAAGAAGAGGAUGAAGAUUUUGUGGACCCCUGGACAGUGCAGACUUCAAAUGCUAAAGGCGUGGAUUAUGAUAAACUCAUAGUUCGGUUUGGCAGCAGUAAAAUUGACACAGACCUGAUCAAUCGAAUAGAAAGAGCUAUUGGGCAAAAACCUCACCGCUUUCUACGUAGAGGAAUCUUUUUUUCUCAUAGAGAUAUGGACCAAAUCCUCGAUGCUUAUGAAAAUAAGAAGUCCUUUUACCUUUAUACAGGCAGAGGGCCAUCCUCUCAAGCAAUGCAUGUUGGUCAUCUUAUCCCAUUUGUGUUCACAAAGUGGCUGCAAGAAGUAUUUGAUGUUCCCUUAGUGAUACAGUUAACUGAUGAUGAGAAAUACCUUUGGAAGGACAUGACAACUGAGAAGGCAUAUGAAUAUGCUAAAGAAAAUGCAAAAGACAUCAUUGCAUGUGGUUUUGACAUCAAUAAAACCUUUAUAUUUUCUGAUUUAGACUAUUUGGGGACAAGUACUGGAUUCUACAAAAAUGUCGUCAAAGUUCAGAAGCAUGUUACGUUUAACCAAGUGAAAGGAAUCUUUGGCUUUACAGACAGUGAUUGCAUUGGAAAGAUCAGCUUUCCUGCUAUUCAAGCUGCUCCAUCCUUCAGUUCAUCAUUUCCACAGAUUUUCGAUGGCAAGGAGAACAUCCAGUGUCUUAUCCCAUGUGCUAUCGAUCAGGACCCUUAUUUUAGAAUGACCCGGGAUGUAGCACCUAGAAUUGGACAACCUAAACCAGCCUUACUGCAUUCAGUCUUCUUCCCAGCCCUACAAGGAGCACAGACAAAAAUGAGUGCUAGUGACCCGAACUCCUCCAUCUUCCUCACCGAUACACCCAAACAAAUCAAGACAAAGAUUAACAAGCAUGCCUUCUCAGGAGGCAGAGAUACUAUUGAAGAGCAUAGGAAGUAUGGAGGUAACUGUGAUGUUGACGUGUCUUUUAUGUACCUGACUUUCUUCCUAGAAGAUGAUGACAGGCUUGAACAACUGAAGCAGGCAUACACAAGUGGGGAAUUGCUCACAGGGGAGCUGAAGAAGGUACUCAUUGAAACACUGCAGCCCUUGAUAGCAGCUCAUCAAGAGAGACGGAAGCAGAUCACAGAUGAAAUGGUGAAGCAGUUCAUGACUCCACGGAAGCUAGAUUUUGAAUUUUGAAGAAAUGCGUAUGUAACUUAUCACCUGAUAAACCAAAACCGAGUAACUGUUGUCUUCUGUUGUAUGUCAUCACUCCCUAGUUAUGUACAGCCUGCAAUCAAUGCUUUAUAAAUACUGCUGUUAAUGUGUUAAUUACCGUGAAUGUCAGAGUACAGGAAAAGUUUAAAAUAGGAACUUGUAUCUAUUUAAAAUCAGAAUAAUCAAGAUAGAAUUGCCCAAUCUUGCAGAAAAGCAUGUCUUUCAGCACAACAUUGUUAUUUUAUUGUAUUUCAUGUUGAAAAUAUAAAAUAAAACUUCCAUUUUGAUGAUAAAGCCUAACUUGUAAAUUGUUCUAAAUACAUUGGUAAGAGGUCAUACCUCAACCUAGUAACUAGUGACUCCAUUUUCUUUUCUACUGUGUACCUCCAUAUACUAGACUGCAUGUUGUUUUGGGCUACUGGGAACAUGCUGCACGCAAAAAGAUAGAGAGUAUUACAAAGUAAGUAAGUUACACAGUACUUAGGCCUGGGAUUGAUGCAGGAAGAAUGGAGAUCUGCAAGUUGAACAUGAGAGAAAGAGUAUCAGGCUGGUUUUGCUAUGGCCUUCCUCUCUGACCUGAGGCAAGUCACAGAAAUCCCACUGUGCUUUCAUUUCUGCAGCUAUUUAACUGGUCUGACUGCUUCUGGAGGGAGGAGGUUAUCAUAAGGUUGUAAAGUUUGUUAAUGUUCUCAGGUGCAAGCUAGUAUAGACAUGCCAAUUUUAGUUUCUAGUUAUAAAAAAUAUCAAGUGUUAAAUCAUACUAUGAAAAUGGAAUAACUGCUGGAUACUUCUAAUACUGUCUGUUCUGUUUUAUUGCACCAAGUCAUUUAAACUAGGGGUACUUACUUAUUUUAAGAGGUAUUCCACUGAGAAAGUAUACUUAGUUAAAAUACCUCACAUGGUAUUUAAUUAUCUCCUUUCUUAAAAAGAACUUCAAUGGCUUUGCUAUGAUUUAUGACAGAAAAAUUCAAAUUAUUAGCUAAUUUGCUUUGGUAUGUACAGUGCUGAAUGCAAACUUAGAUCUGUCUUGGUUUUAUAUAGAAUAGAAAGUUGCUAGCCCAGAUGUAGUCUUAUCUACAUCAAAUAAAAAUACCUUUGAUAACACAGGUGGAUAUUGAUGUGUUGUAUUUGCAAAUCAUUAAAAAAUAUGAGGAAGGCAGUUUGAGGUGUGAAAGAUUUAAACUUUAACAGGUUUUGUACUGUGGAGCCUAGUGGACAUAUAUUGACUGUAGCAUUCUUAAAAAAAUCCAAAAAAGCACACUUUUAAUUUCACUGUAAACCUUUGAAGUCGGCUGGUUACUCUUGGAUUGAGGGAGCAUUUUCAAGGGUGAGUCUUCUCACUGACUUCAGCAGACCUUGGAUCAGCCUGUUAGUGCAGUGAGAACAUGCUGGACUGCUCGUGCUGCAUGAAGCUGAUGCUGCUGCCUUCCCACCAGUAGCGGUUCUGUAACGCAGCAUACGCGUCCUCUCUGAAGUGACCUUGCGUUUCUGAGAUGGAAAUGCCUGUGGGCCAAGCUGUAUGUAAAGUAUGUUUGUGCGAGGAACCACGGAAAGACUGACAUGCAAGGCAAAUUUAGUCCUAUUGCAUGUGUUUCAAACUUACGUUGAAAAUAUCGGUGCUUAGCUUUUGUCUUUUUCUUUACAGUUUGCAUGUGCUGGCAUCAUCAAUCUAAUGUCAUUGACUUGAAUGUAUUAAAGUAGGUAUUUACUAGUGACUGUGUCUCUAUAACCCACAGACAUAGCAUCCCAGUGCUAACAACUGUUUAACAAUUAGUACAAAAGCUGUUUUUUGUAAAGUGGUGGAGCAAUUCUUAUGGACAAAAAAAAUGGCUUCUUAUAUCCAGCAGUAAGCGAACUAAUUUUUAGUUACUUUAGACUUUAAUGAUGUCUUCCUGUUCUUGCAAUCUUCUCAUGGCCAUCUUUAAGCUGUACAUAAAAAAUGACACUGAAAUUGACUUUUACAAACUCAUGAUGCAAAUUUCCUCUUCAAAAUCUUAUAUGCAGAUUUGUCCUGCAAGGUUUCAUUAACUAAGAAUUUAUUUAUUAUUCAGGGAAGGGAAAUAUGCUGUAGGAGAAACAAACAGUGGUGUUCUGUUCUAACUAAGCAUAUGGAUUAAUUUUAUAACACAACAAUUAAAAUCUGGUUUGAAAGUUCCAGAAAGGAAAGUGAUAGCAAAAUUAUUUGGUAUUUGUUUACUGAGCAAGCUCCUUAUUCAAGUACUCUGAUGAAUUCUUACAAACAUGCUUCUGAAAUCAUACAAUUUCUAGUUUUUCAGAGGAGUUUUGGCAAAUUCCUGAAGCUGUUGUAAUUACAAUUCAUGUCGCAAAAGUAUUUAAAAGUCAAAGAGAAGGCAGUCUUCAAAAGUAGGUGUGAAAUAUCUAAGAAUUCCUCAAUUUGCUUGUAUUUUGUUCAUCUCGCUGUAAUAAAAAUGUAGAUAGAAGUCUA